GCGCUAGGCUGGCACACGAUCCAUCGUCAUUCACCGCACCCCGCCACAAGACCUGUUGUCAUUCUGAUUCGGCGCUGAAGAGGAAGAAAAAGCAUCUCACGCACAAGAAGUACCCAUCGUUGAUCGUUGUUCCACCGCGCCACGAUCGAUCCUGUCAGUCGCUUUAGUACGGCGUACCGGUGCGGACGUCUUCGGUUCCUAUUCGAUUCGGGGUGGGAGUAGCAAACGUGCCGAAACAUGAUCGUGGUGCCAGCGUUACUGCUGAUUGUCCUGCUGGGCGGUAAGGGAGCUCCCCGUACGGAGGCCUAUCAGGUGCGAAAGGAAAUCAGCUUCAACUGGAUACGUGACAGCAAGGACGUGAUCAGAAAUCAAACGGCUGUGCUGCUGCGAAGAGAUGGCUACGAUGCGGACCGUCUACAGGUGCGCACCGACGACGGUUACCUGCUCACGGUGUACCGUAUGCUGCCCAAGAAAUCCCGGCUAGGGGUAGUGCUGAUGCAUCACGGCAUACGCCAGUCGAGCGAUAUGUGGAUGUACCUGGGACCCAAGCGCUCCCUUGCCUACCAGCUGUACGAAGCCGGGUACGAUGUGUGGUUCAGCAACUCGCGUGCCUCACCCGAAUCCGACGGCCACGAACGGCUCGACCGGGACAGUGACCAUUACUGGGACUUUAGCUUCCACGAGAUCGGCACCGAGGAUCUGGCGGCAGUGAUCGAUUACGUACUGGCUGCGACCGGCCGGAAGACGCUACACUUUGUCGGAUAUUCGGAGGCGGGGUCGGCCGUACUUGCCCUGCUCUCCGAGCUGCCGGGGUACAACGAGAAGCUGUCCAGCGUGGAGCUGAUGGCACCGCCCGCCUUCAUGCAGUACGGUCAGUUUGCCUGGAUAGCGCGCAUGGUACAGCCGAUACGGGCGCUGUUCCCGUGGAGCGUUUACUACACCCGAGAUGCGUUACCCACGCAGAUCUGUACCCUGUUCCGCAACGAGUGCUGCCUGCUGUUCGGCCAGAUGAGUGACCGUGGGACGGACAAUGGUACGCGCACGGAACGCUCGCCGGGUUCGUCGUCUCCAGCCGGUCGUGCCGGUUGCUUCGAUCUGGAAGACGUUUCGCUCAAGCAGCUCGAACACUACCGCCAAAUCAUUGCCAGUGCACGGUUCCAGCAGUUCGAUUAUGGGUACGCGGCGAACCUGCAUCGCUACAAGCAAAAGACACCGCCCGACUACUGUCUGUGGGAUGUGACGGCCCGGGUGGCGCUGCAUUACGGCAACAAAGACAAAACAGUGGACUGGAGGGGUGUCGAGCUGCUGGGCCGACGGCUGCCGAAGGUGUCGGAGCUGCAGAAGAUACUGUACAAAGGUUACAACCAUCGCGACUUCUACCGGAACCCGAAAGCGCAGGCAACGGUCUACGCGAACAUCUUGAAGUCGAUCAAACGCCAUGCGUCAGUACAAUAAAUCUAUGCUGCCUUUUAACGAUAA